GAUAUGUGUCUUCAUGCAAUUCAAUUAACUCUUAGUUAUAUGCUUAUGUUGAUUUUUAUGACAUUCAAUAUUUGGUUAUGUAUUUCAGUUGUUUUGGGCGAAGUUUUGGCAAGAAUGAUUUUAAGUUUAUUUUUUCCAACGAUGGAUUUAUUUGUAACAUUUUUUGGUGCUUCGGUUGAACCAUGUUGUGGAUAA